AUGGCCCGCUGUCCACAAUUUUUCGGCAGGAAGAGAACAGUCGCUAUGCCCAACGGGCGAAUUCUAGAGGCGAAGCAAGCCUCGAGCCGACUCCUAAUGGAGUCUCAUGGCCUGAAUUUGGUUGGCAGGCAUUGUAUCGAUACUCGCGCUGUCGUGGGCGCGAAGCACUGUACAGACCCGGGGAGUGCAAGCAACUGGAUGAAGACACGUCGCGCAGAAGAAGACGUCAAGGAACAUGCAAGCAAUGGCCCCGAGAACAUGUUCAACACACAGAGCCCUUGA